UUGUUUUGCCUGUUAGUCUUACACGACGGCGUUUCUAAUCUAUGGGCUCUCUCUGUCUCUCUCUGGAAGCAGUUCAGACCGACAGGCAAUGGAGAAGUGAAAUCAAAUGACCCAGCAACCAAACAAAGAAAGGAAAGGGGAAGGUCUCUUCUCUUGAUUAGAUUGGACCAACAGCAGCAAUUCCAUUCAUUCUACCGGAUCCACGCCCUCUCUUUCUCUUCUUCAAUCCCAUCCUUCUUUACGAUUCAGAUCAUGCGAGCCUAACAACUAUUGUCAAUCAUUGGUGGAGGAGGAGAAAAGGAUCGUGCUGAACUAUGGGAGAUAGAAGGAUUACUUUGAGCCGAUUUUUACAAGCUUCCUGCUAUAACAGUACUUGAUCAUCUUUGACGUGACUUGAUCUGGGGUUCCAUCCUUGAUUUGCAUGCUUUCCAGCUGAAUUUCACAUUGUUACCUAACUAAGCUUGUGGUUAGUUGAUCUGGAAUGUGUUGAUUUGAUUCUAUUUCUUCCAAGCCAUCUCCUACUAUUUUCGCCAAGCAUUGAAGUAGAAUGACCUGAAGAAUGGGUGAGCAAUGGCUGCAGCAGAAGCAAGGGCUGCUUGGCAGCGAACAGCUAAUCGCUGCUUUGUACAAGAAGAUGCCAAAAGAGCUCCAAAAUUAGCUUGCUGUCCUUCAACACCUUCAUCAUCUAAACAGGUUGAUACAGGACCUGCAAAUCCAACUGAUGGUCACAGUAACCCCAAUAUAGGCUUCAUCCCUCUUAAUAGUAACCCUUCAUUUUCUAAACUGCCACCUGAAUCAAGAUGGUGGAUGCAGCUGCAACCUAAUCAUGGGUAUCAAAAGACUCUAGCAAGUGAACAGUUAAAUGCCUUGGAGACAGAGAUGGAAACUUUUGUUGCUGGUGUUACAGACUCAACUUAUAAAGCUAGUGAAGGCUACAGAGAAAAUGAAGGUGAUGGUACAUAUGUUGAUGACUACCUGGAUAUUAAGUCCUCCAUUGACAAUUAUGAUAUAAAGAAGAAAGAUCCUGAAGGUAGGAAUCAAGAGCUAAAUACUGUAUGUGUUAAGAAUACCCAAGAAACUCUUAAACCUACCAAAACGGAAGAGUUCUCUGACUUGUUGGAGGUGGAUCCUGUUUGUUGCUCUGGUUGGAAGCAAGCCUGUGAUACUAGUAGUCAGAAAACAGAGCCAUGGUGGCGUAUAGCAGAUAGAGAUGAAUUAGCUUCCUUUGUUGCACGGAGAUCAUUUGACCUUAUUGAGAAUUGUGAUCUCCCCAGACCUCAAAACAUACAUGUCAAGAGAGACUCGAGUCCCUACUUUGGGUGUUUUGAUUCUGAUGGAAUUUUACCUUCACUUAAAGAUUUGAAGUUUCAAACGGGUCAACAUUCCAGUACACCUGUUGAUAUACAACGCAAUGUAACCUUGAGAAGUGCAUGCAGAGAGCAAUGGACCUCAUCCAAAAAGCAAUCUGAACAUGAUUCAGGAAUUGUAAACAGUGUCGGCAUGACCCACCAAGGUACGAUUAUAACUGAGAUUCCUCAAACUGAUCCCUGUAAGGCUCAGCUACUGGAAGCACUCCGCCAUUCUCAAACACGUGCGAGGGAAGCCGAGCAGGCAGCAAAGCAAGCCUAUGCAGAGAAGGAGGACAUAAUCAAGCUGGUCUUCAGACAGGCUUCACACCUCUUUGCCUACAAGCAAUGGUUCCAACUUCUGCAGCUUGAGAACCUUUACCUUCAGAUUAAGAACCAUAACCAGUCGAUAUCCACUCUCUUCCCACUGGUGCUACCUUGGAUGCCUCAAGAAACUCGGAAACUGCAGAAGAGCUGGCGGACACCUGCCAAAGGGGAACGAGGCAAGCGAGGUCGCGGUAAAUGCAACAUCAGUAAGCUGGCAGUUGCAGUUGCAUUAGGCUUGAGUCUUGUUGGUGCUGGGCUGCUGCUGGGGUGGACUGUUGCUUGGAUGUUACCAACCUUAUAAGGCUCUAGUACCUGUAUGUAUGUAUGUAUGUAGGUAUAUAUAUAUAUAUAUGUAUAGAGAGAGGUGUUUUGGAUAAAGCAUUGGUUUAGCAGAGAAGUUUGCCAGCCGGGUGGUUGUAUUUCUCUUUCUCCUGCUCUUGUAUGUGUGUGUACAUUACAUGUGGUUAGGCCUGGUGCUCUAGGAAUUAACGGAUUGGUGUAAAAAUGAUGUAAAGAACAAGCAUUGCCAGAUCUUGUCUAA